AUGUCCCAAGCAUCAGGUUCCAUUGCAAGUAGAAUCACUCAAAAGUUGGGUUCUAAGGAAUUUAGAAACUAUAUCACUAGUACACAUUUCUGGGGACCUGUUGCUAACUGGGGUAUUCCUUUGGCUGCUAUUGGUGAUACUCAAAAGGAUCCUAGUUUGAUUUCUGGCAAUAUGACAGCUGCUCUCUGUGUGUACUCUGCUCUUUUUAUGCGAUUCGCUUUGGCUGUUCAACCUAAAAACUAUCUACUUUUUGCUUGUCAUUUUGUGAAUGAAGGUGCUCAAUUGACCCAAGGUUAUCGUUAUCUUCAAUACAACAAGUAA